GGCAAUGAAUUCUGAAUCACAGCACCAUAAAAUCUUUCGAUUCCAGAAGACACAAAGUUAUUUAAAUCCUAAACUAAAACCAAAUACUUUGCGUGCAAAACCAUCACAUCAUCGGCAACAGUGACAGUAACGGUGGAAGAGAGAAAGGAUUCGCUCUCCUCAAUCCUUAUAUAAGCUCCAGCGACCCAAUUUCUUCUCUUAUCGAUUUGAUUGUUUCUGAGUAAUGGCUUCGUCGCGAGUAGAUCUGGAUGGGAACCCCAUAAAGCCCAUCACCAUUUGCAUGAUUGGCGCCGGUGGCUUCAUUGGGUCCCACCUCUGCGAGAAGCUCAUGUCGGAGACCCCUCACAGUGUCCUCGCCUUGGAUGUCUACAAUGACAAGAUCAAACACCUCUUGGAACCCCACACGCUCCCUUGGGCCUCUCGCAUCCAGUUCCAUCGCCUCAACAUCAAGCACGAUUCCCGUCUCGAAGGCCUCAUCAAAAUGUCAGAUCUGACUAUUAAUCUGGCUGCCAUUUGCACUCCCGCGGAUUACAACACGCGCCCUCUUGACACAAUUUACAGCAACUUCAUCGACGCGCUUCCUGUGGUGAAGUACUGUUCAGAGAACAACAAGCGUCUCAUUCAUUUCUCUACGUGUGAAGUCUAUGGGAAAACGAUUGGAAGCUUCCUCCCCAAAGAUAGUCCUCUUCGUCAGGAUCCUGCAUACUACGUACUUAAGGAGGAUGAGUCUCCUUGUAUUUUUGGUUCAAUUGAAAAGCAGAGAUGGUCCUAUGCCUGUGCUAAGCAGUUGAUUGAGAGGCUUGUUUAUGCUGAGGGUGCUGAAAAUGGCUUGGAAUUCACAAUUGUGAGGCCUUUUAAUUGGAUUGGACCACGAAUGGAUUUCAUUCCCGGCAUUGAUGGCCCAAGUGAGGGUGUUCCUCGGGUUCUGGCAUGCUUUAGCAAUAAUCUCCUCCGUGGAGAGCCCCUCAAGCUUGUGGAUGGUGGCCAAUCCCAGAGGACUUUUGUGUAUAUUAAGGAUGCUAUUGAAGCUGUCUUAUUGAUGAUUGAAAAUCCCGCCAGGGCUAAUGGACAUAUUUUUAAUGUGGGAAACCCAAACAAUGAGGUUACAGUUAGGCAGCUUGCUGAAAUGAUGACUCAGGUUUAUUCAAAGGUAAGUGGAGAAGCACCUCUGGAAAAACCUACUAUUGAUGUGAGCUCCAAAGAAUUUUAUGGUGAGGGAUAUGAUGAUAGUGACAAGAGAAUUCCUGACAUGACCAUAAUUAAUAGGCAGCUUGGCUGGAAUCCUAAAACCUCACUUUGGGACCUGCUUGAAUCAACUCUCACCUAUCAGCACAGGACUUAUGCUGAAGCCGUUAAGAAAGUCAUUGCAAAGCCCGUGGCAAGUUAAACUUGUAUGGUAUUGAAUUGCAUUGAGAAGAGUGUUUCUGCCUAUAGGGGCACUUAUAUAUAGUUCAAUGGUUGAUUUUAUUUAUAUACAUGGUAAUUUCCCCCUUGGUUUUGGUAGCCAAUGUAGCCAACGUAGCCCAUGCCUUAUUUAUUGCAUUUUUAUGAAGAAGUAGGAAUUUAUUAUUAAUUAUCAAGGACAAUAUGUGCUACUGCAAUGUGAUUUUCUCGCAGAGCUUGGGGCCACUAGACAUAUUUGGAGACCUUUUAUACGAAGAAAGAAGCUUUUUUAUGUUGUAGGGGGGUGUCUUUCCAUAUUCAGUUGUAACAUUUAUCAUAUGUUUCCUAAAUUAAUGGUCAUUGAUUUAUUUUUAUGGAUUA